AAUUAAAGGCUUGUUAAAAACUUUAUUGUUAUUCUUCAAACUUCAUAUGGUAAUUAAUCUGUUUCACUGUCUUCAAAGAUCUUUGCACGUGGGCGUUUUGGGGGAGCAAUAGCUUCUUCAAAAAAUAUUUCUUCAACAUAGUUUUCGCUAUUGGAUAAGAAACUAGUUGUGGGACCUUGUGGUUCUUCUACUGGUUUUAUAAUUGCAAAAUCUGUUAUCAGUUUUUGGUGGGUGGUUUUUUUAAGCUCCUUUUCAAUUUCGUAAUAAGGUGCUAGAUUAAUAUCUAUUCUAUCUAUUUAAGGCAAAAAAGGGUAAUUCCCGGUUUACAUUAAAAAUACAUUACAUAUAAUAAAUAUGUGGUACGCAAAUUAAUGUUACCAGAUUUUAUAAUUAAGUAUUUUCCCCUUUGCGUUAUAUAAGCCUAAAUUUCGCAUUGUACUGAAACCUAAUUUUUCCAAAUCGCGUUAUAUCGAAACCGCGUUGUAUAAGACCGCGUUAUACAAGGGAUACCUGUACUUAAAUAGACCAGCAAAAGCGAGUUAAGAAGAUAGUUGUAUGCGCUCCGAACUACUCAGAGGACAAGCCUUAUUUUUGUAGGCUUUCGGCGAACAAAAACUUACCACUUUGAGUUUGAUAGUCCCACGGACCUAGCAAUAUGAUUUCACGUUUUCAUGGCUAGACCUAAUUUAGUACCAAGAAAUUAAAAGAAAUAUUUGAAAUUGAGAUUUGCAAAAUUUUUACAAGCAGUUUCUAAGCAUUGAAAUGCAUAGAGGGCAUAGAAAAUCAAACAAGUGAAUAUGUGUGAAAAUUAUUCAUAGAGACAAAUGGGAAGAUGAUAGAUAAAGUGUCAAGAGGCUAUAUAUUUAAAUAUACAAUAAACUAUCUGCGCAGGCAGAAGCGAAACAAAAGUAAAGAAUAAAAAUGGAGAAAUUAAACAAAAAAAAAUACUGUAAAAGCAAAAACAAAUCGUAAUUGCCAUAAUUUAAGCAUCAGAAUGUGAUCUAGGCGCAUGGUGUCGUGGAGAUCAGUUUAAAAUGAGUGAUGAAUGAUAUUAUGUACAGAGCUCUUACAGCUCGAAUCUUUUCUUACCAGAUUUUUGUGUUGUUUUGACAGCUGUCACAGUGUGGUGGCGGCUCUUUUGACAGAUAUUAAGUAGAAAAUAUAUAAUUUUAAAAUAUGAGUUUGAUUUAUCUCCUUAAAAAUUAUAAAUGAUAGAAAAAAAACUGUUUGGGCUAAAUAUUCUUUGAAAAUGAAAAUUAAUAGUAAAUCGAGAUAGGAAUACUUGUUAUACUCGGCCAGUCCUUACCACUAAUUGCUGUUUUAAUUAGUUAGUAAGUAGGUAUAAGUUGUGAUUUUUUAACAGAAAAUUUAAAUAUUCUAGAAAGUAAUAUCAGGGAAUGCGUACAAGUUUUUAAGUAAGUUAUGAGUAAAUCAUAAAAAAUGAAUGAAUAUUAUGAUGAUUAAUUCUCCAUUUGAAGGUAGUCAGACUAGCAUUUAUGGAAUUUAGUCAGGCGUAUGGAGCCUGUUCACUUCAAAUGUAUGUUUAAAGGAGCCGUUAAAAUUAUUUGAGGCUUGUCAGAAAGUAAGAAGGCAAAUAUCUAGACUUCGUGUGGAAUUUGAGAAGGCAAAUAAUUUUUUUAACAUCAUUGUCCGCCGCUCUAUAAUUUUCCACCAUAUAAAAAAACAUUUCUAGCAAUCGUUAACAAACAUAACAAAAUUUAAUGAAACAAAUCUAAUAAAGCUGCUUACUCAAACAUUUUCCGGAAAUUCUUAUUAAAAAGUUUGAAUUUUUGAUGAAAAUUCAACGAGUUUUAUAAAUUUUGUACACAUUUUUAAACUUUGCAUUGUUUGAUUUUUGUUGCGGUAUAGGCCAAUAAUUAAAAUGAAAAAAUAAAUAAAUAGUGAAAACUUUUCCGAAUGUGGUGUACACUUCCUUUUCGGGCUGACUUUUGUCAUCCUGAAAAUAAAUUUGUAAUCCACUUCCAAACGCCAAAACGUUGUUACAAGGAAGUUUGCCUUUGCUUGCAGAGGCAUAUGAUGAUUCAGGCUCACAGUGGGCACCGUACUCUGUGCCACAGCAAUUGUAGUCGGACACAAGCACACUCGACUACGGCGGACGAAUAUACAUAUGUACAUGUACAUACAUAUGUAUGUAAGUGUGUGGAUGAUCGAAAGUGUAAAUGACCACGGUCAAUAGCCGAACUUGGCAAGUUUCACCGACUCUCGUUAGAUAACAGACGUUGGAAGAAUUCAUAAAUCGACGCCAAAUUCUGAGCAGUUUCUCAUUCACGUAAAGACUCAUACUCACGUCCGCUGCGAGAGUUGACAUUCGUUGAUAUACUUAUACGUGCACAUGCCCUCGUGUGUAUGAAUACUUUAUACUAUAUCUAUACUCUAUCUAUUUGUAUACUCUAUCUAUCAGCUGUCCAUCUCUUCUAUUUACUUGACAUUUCAAAUGACUAUGGCUAGUCUAUGGCUCGAUCUAUUCUCAUUAUUAUAGUUGUUGUUUGUUUUUUGUUUAUUUCAAUGUGGGCGGUCGGUGUUUCCAUUUUAUUGGUGUCAAAUAAAUUUAAGCAUAUCAUAAUUUCAAUACGAGCCACUGACAUUCAAUGUUAUUAUGGCGCUUAAUUUUCAUUUAAUUACAAAAAUGUUUUGUGGGCGCAUUUUUAUACUUUUACUUUUUUUUACAGCCAUAUACAUACAUAAGUAUAUUAUAUAUGCAUACAUAUAUACAUACAAGUAUGCAUGUAAAACUUUUUGUUGUUGACUGUCAUGGCAAUUACGCCAAAGUGCAUUGCACUUUUUGAAAAGGAAAGCCACUUGGUCAGCAUGCAGGUGGUUGAUGCCGCAGAAACAUCAAAUAAAUGUACAGGCCUUAACGAUGCUUAGGAAAAAUACAAAUAAUUUUAAACUGGGAAGUGCAUUUUCGAAGUAUUAACUGAAUGGGGUGAACGUAAAAGUUUUGCUUAGCAGAAGCCAAUUAAUUAGUCCUCAUUUUUCAUUCAAAAUAAAAACUGUGUAAAUGGAACAUUUUGAAGCUGUUUGUAAGCACCUUCUGACCAAAGAAAUUAAUAAAUAAAAAUUAAGUGAGAAUUGCUGAAUGUAACUUGUAUGCAAAAUUUUAGUAAUAUUUUAUUGUAAAAAUGUAAUAUAUAUAUUCAUAUAAACAUUUUUAGCACCAACAAUGAAAACAAUUUGCCAAAAAAUAUAGCAGUUUUUUAAUUUGCUGUAUACAUUUACAGAUUGCUUUUUGUAAUAAAUAUAACUUUUUCACUUUCUACACACACACACGCCCGCUAUACGCUUCACGCCACAGCAGGCUCAUGUAAAUUAACUUGUCACAGCGCCGUAGUGGCAAAAAACUAUAAAAUAACAUUAAAUUCAAAUGACAGCUGCUGACAGUUCAUACACAGCAGAAACAAAAACAAAAACGUGCAUAAACAUGUCAUGCUUUAGCUUUUUACGCUUGAUAUUGCCAGAGAUAGAAUAUUAAUAUGUGUAUUAGAGGUGCCAAACUAUCGAUGGCACUAUCGUCACCAUCGAUGAUAGGGCACUAUCGAGCUACUGAACUAUCGAUGGUUCAAAGUCUCGAUAGUGGACGAUAGUAUCGUCAAAAGAGCGAUUUACACAUCACCAAGCAAAUAUUCGCGCUUUUUUUAUUUGUGGCGUCGCUUGUGUACAAAUAUUAAAAAGUGUAACGUUGUAAAGUGUUUAAAAUAACAAUUCGUAAAAAUAUAUAAAUGGAUCGCUUUCUUAAACGAGGUAAUACAUUUUUCAAAUUAGUAAGAAUGCUUAGAACACUUUUGUCUAAUUUUAGGACGCAGUUCUGCUGCAGCAAGUUGCAAUUGCAACAGCAGCGACAGCGAAAAAAAUUUUGUGUUGGAGAAGCCUGCACAAAAAAAGAAAAGUAAAAUUUCGGAUGUGUGGAAUUAUUUUAAAAGAUCUGAUGAUAAGAAAUUUGCCAAAUGCCUUAGUUGCGCCAAGGAGUAUAAAACCAGUGGCAACACAUCGAACCUGCAUGAUCACCUUAAACGGUUUCACCUGAAUUUGGACAGAAAUGCUCCUGAUACACAAGUUUCUGAAGAUGUUGUACAGGACGAGAACAUUGCGUCUUUCAACAGCAGCUGCAGGUCAAGCAUGCGGUCAGUGGAGUCAUACUUUAAAAGGGCUGUGUUGUUUGAUGCAAACUCUAAGCGUAAAAAGGACUUAGAUGAACUCGUAGCAGAGAGGGUUGCUAAGGAUAUUCAGCCCUUUAGCAUACUGAAGGACAAAGGAUUUAUUAAAUUAAUUACAGCCUUAGAUCCACGUUACAAGCUUCCCAGCCGGAGUCAUUUGGAAAACGCCCUGAUGACCAAUUUGUUUAAAAAAACGACGGAAAAAUUGUCAACAAUUUUGGGGCAGGUUUCGAACAUUGUUAUCACUUGCGAUAUGUGGACAUCUAGUGCUAACGUGAGCUUUAUAAUGGUAACGGUUCAUUUCGUACAUGAAUACGACAACAAUGCUGAAAGCAUGGGAAAUUUUAAAAAUCCAAAAUCUGCCAUGCUUUGCUCAUACAGUUAAUUUGGUAGUCCAAGAUGGCUUGAAUCUCAAUCACAACGAUGUCACAAAAGCUUUGUUUGCAAAAUGUAAAAAUAUUGUAAUAUUUUUUAAGAAAAGUUCAAUUGCGAACGAAAAAUUGAAACAAGUUCAAGAAAAUUUCGCAUGUACCUUGUUGCAAGAAGCUCAAACAAGGUGGAACAGCUUCCACGACAUGAUUGAGAGAGUUUUAUUAACCCAUGAAGCCAUUGCCAGUGUGCUAUUAUCAACAACAAAUGCACCAUUACCAUUUAGUGCAGAGGAAAUCAACGUGUUGAAAGAUAUUGACAAAAUAUUAGCAUUAUUUAAGAACGUGUCCGAAAAAGUUUCUGGUGGCAAAUACGUUACAGUGUCAUUAAUAAUACCAUUGGCAUAUGGACUAUAUCGGCAAAUUGGAAAUUUUUCAUCUCAGUUGGCAACUGCGGUAGGCAAAUCUAUGAAAGAUGUUAUGUUGGAGUCGAUUAAAAAACGACUAUCUAUAUAUGAGCUACGCACGGUAACAAGGAUGGCUACGAUUUUGGAUCCACGCUUCAAAAAAGAUGGGUUUCAAUCCAACGCAAAUGCUGAACAAAUGAAUUUGGGCAAUUUGACUUAUGUUGAAGACCCUGUCAGUCUGGAAGCAAGCACGACCACUACGGACCCAAUUUUUGAUUUUUUGAACCAACGAUGUGCUACUAAAAAGAGUAAUGUUCGAUCUGAUGCCAUCAUUAUUAAAAGGCAGUAUCUGGAGAGAGACAUAGCCCCACAGGAAAUGGACCAUCUUUUAUGGAUCAAGGUCAACCAGGUGGAUUUCCCUUUAUUAAAAUUACUGAUGUAUAAAUAUUUAUGCAUCCCCGCAACGUCUGUGGAGUCGGAAAGGCUUUCAGCAAGGCGGGACAAAUUGUUUCUGAUAGGCGAACACGGCUUAAAGAAGAAAAUGUGAACGUUUUGUUGUUUUUAAACAAAAAUCUUUCGCUAUAAUAAAUAGGUAAAUCAUAUUAUAGUUUUCAAGUUUUAGCUUUUAAGUCUUUUAUAAGGCUUUUGUAUUUUUAGCUUUUCCCUUAAAAUGUAAUUUCAUAAAAUGUAAGCAAUGUUCCUUAAACUUAUAAGUUCAAUAUUUUGGCAGAAAAGACCCAUAGCCUGUACUCUUACUCUUUUUUUCCAAAUGUAAAUCACUCACACUUGUGAAAAUAUAUAGUUGUCUUAAAGUGUUCCUUAUGAAUUAAAAUAAAAUUCAAAUUAUUUGUUUUUUCUUACAAAUUUCAAUGAUUUUCAAUCACUGUUCUUUAUUGCGACUAUCGACCACCAUCGAUGGUUUGAAAAUUACUAUCGUCCACAAUCGAUGGCGCCCACCAUCGAUAGUUUGGCACCUCUAAUGUGUAUACGAAAAACUAGGAAACAAAAUUUACAAAAUAAAAUAAAAGAAAAAAUAUGAAAAAGUCUUUAUGUAACUUUUAAAAAAAAAAAAUUAUAUUUAAAUAACUUACAAAGUACCAUAAAAUAAUAUACAAA